CCCGCCCCCUGAGCUCUGUCUGAGUCUGCGCAGUGCGUGCACUGUCACAGCGCUCCGCCAUUGAGGGACCCAGCUGCAGGAGUCGAUUGGGCUCACGGUCUGCUAAUGUUCCGGGUCGUGCCGUUCAUGUCUCCGACUCACUGAAACCGAACUUUUUUGUCACGAUUUGCGUGCUUUUUGUAUUUCCGUACUCCUCCUCCCCCAGUUUCGGAUAUUUUAUUUAUUUUCGUUAUUUAGCGGUCAAUGCCUUGUGGUGGAUAAUAUAAGAUGCGGAUACGCUCGUAGCUCCGAAGCGGAGCCUGCGUUAGCUUGCUAGGCUAAUCACGCGCACGGGACGGAGUCUUGCUCGAGGGCAGCGGACAGCGCCGUUUGAUGGAUCCGAGAAUCGCCUGGUUUCAGCCAGAACAGCUCGGACCUGCCAACAGCCUUUGGAUGCAGAUUUGGGAGACGACUCAGGGUCUGGGUAGCCUGUAUUUCAACGACAACAACAACUACAGCGCCGGUUCCACCGCGUCAAGCCGGAGUCCCGAACUCAACGGAGGAACGGGCAACGCCAAUACGGCCGCCAACAGGGCUUUUGAUUCGGACGCUGGUGGGCCGAGGAAACGGGGAAUGUCCGCCUCCAGGCCCGAUGGUGAAAUCUUGGAGCAACGGGACUUCAUUCCGUUAGAAAGCAAUAAUAAUUCCCAAAAGCGUGCAGCGGGGAGGGGCGGCGGUGGGGUGGACGUGGGCGGCGGUGGAUGCACUCAAGUCUGGAGGGGGGUCUCCGACAUCCCCGGGUGUCGUAACAAAAGGAAGCGGGACAAUAAGGCGAGCACCUUCGGCUUCAACAGCAGUUUGCUGCUCGGCUCUUCGGCAGACGAUGUCCGGCGCUGCAGCGGGUACACAGGCACGCCGUGGAAGGUUAGGAAUUAUUCCGAGGGUAUUUUGGGGCUGCAUGAGGAGAUCAUGGACUUCUUCAUGUACAUGUCUCCUCGUCCGGAGGAAGAGAGGAUGAGAUUGGAGGUGGUGGACCGGAUCCAGAGGGUCAUCAAGGACCUUUGGCCCAGUGCGGAUGUACAAGUGUUUGGGAGUUUUAGUACAGGCCUGUAUUUACCCACAAGCGACAUUGACCUGGUGGUCUUCGGGAAAUGGGACAACCUGCCACUCUGGACUCUAGAAGAGGCCCUCCGGAAGAGGAACGUGGCCGAUGUGAACUCCGUGAAAGUGCUGGACAAGGCUACGGUGCCCAUCAUCAAACUGACAGACUAUUACACUGACGUGAAAGUGGACAUCAGCUUCAACGUGCAGAAUGGAGUGAAAGCUGCACAACUUAUCAAGGAAUUCAAGAAAAAAUUCCCCGUGCUUCCCCACUUAGUGCUGGUGCUGAAGCAGUUUCUGCUGCAGAGGGACUUGAACGAGGUCUUUACUGGGGGAAUUGGGUCCUAUAGCCUCUUCCUUAUGGCAGUCAGCUUCCUUCAGAUGAACUACAGAGAAGAUGUCUGCAGCCCCAACGUCAACAUGGGUGUGCUCUUGAUAGAGUUCUUCGAACUCUACGGCAGGCACUUCAACUACAUUAAGACGGGUAUCCGGGUGAAGGACGGCGGCAGCUACGUGGCUAAGGAUGAGGUGCAGAGGAGCAUGCUGGAUGGGUAUCGGCCCUCCAUGCUCUACAUUGAAGACCCACUCCAGCCGGGUAAUGAUGUGGGCCGUAGCUCGUAUGGUGCUAUGCAGGUGAAGCAGGCAUUUGACUAUGCCUACGUGGUGCUCAGCCAUGCCGUUUCACCCAUUGCCAAGUACUACCCCAACAACGAGUCUGAGAGUAUUCUGGGACGGAUCAUCCGGGUCACGCAGGAGGUCACCGCGUACAGGGACUGGAUCAGCAAACGUUGGGGAGGUCCACUGCAGAACGACCAUCCCUUUAACGGAAAUGACAUCACGCUGCUGGUGGAGACGCAGCAGUUAGAUAAGUGCAACAACAACAUGUCUGAGUCGGAGUCUCGGGGCAAGCCCCCCUCCAGUUCAUCGUCCCCAGCUCCAUCCUCCCCCUCCCUGCCUUCAUCUCCCUCGUCUUCACCCUCUCCGUCUUCAUCAUCCACAGCCUCCAGUUCAAGUGAUGCUGACUCGGAUGGGACGCCCUGUAAGACAGUGAAGCAACUGGCGGGGCGGAGCUCCAGCUCGCACAGGGAAAUUCCUGGGGGUGUGGUCACACAUAGAGCCCACAGUCACGCCUCCAGCUCCCCUUCCAACAUCAACAAGGGCAAGAUGGGAGCCCGACAGUUCCGUUCCUCUAGCAAAGGAGUCAUUGGUCAGCAGGGCUCUGGACAUCUGAAUGGUUCAACCAGCAACAAAACCCACCAGAUCAACAGGCCACACCACCAGGGCAAUGGCAAGAAGAGGAAACCGCAGCGUGCAACUGCAAUUGCAGACCUCUGCAGAUAGGGGGUGCUGCCCGCUACCUCAGGGCGACCAAGAUUUUCCACAGGACCUUUUAUUGACAGGAUUGUUAGUAAUAGUAAUUUUUGAGGAAUAUGUGACAUUUUAAUUGAAGAUCAAAAAAGGACGGAGGAAUGGAGGUGAGCUUCUGGGAUUGACUAGCAAAAACAGACCAUUACCUUUGUUUUUGUAUCCAAUGCCGCCCCUCUGGUGUUCCUCCCAUCACCAACCAGACUCCUGUCCUCGCAUGGCGCCCCCUGCUGUUUGAGAGGAGCUGAGGCAGGCUACUGGAAAGACUGCAAAUUUAAGAUCAGUCCCUGAAUCUUAACUAGUGGCAGAACAAAGUACAAAAAAUGUUUAAAAAAAAAAAAAUAAUAAUAAUAAUACAAAACUUACAUUAAAAAAUAAGUUAAAACAUUUUGGAAAAAAAUUGCAAUCUAU